AUGCCGCAGCCCUGCGGCUUGAUGCGGCUUGGUGUCUUUAUUCUCCUGACGCAAUCAUGGCGGAGUUCGAACUUCCUGCUGUCCCUACCUGUGCACUCUCACAAGGACGAUGCUCGUGAUUUCUGGCGAUUAACAUGGAACACCACGGAAACAACCGCAGAGAGAUUGGUUGAGAAGCUCCAAACGAUCGGCGGGGAAGGCCUUCAUCUCCACCUAGACUUGACUGCUGAGGGUUUCGUGACGCUGACCUCGGGGAAAGAUUUCCUUCAACUAGAAGAGGUUCCUGGAGACUCGACCUUCGUUCGAUGGGAGGACCUUGCCGGACACUUGCAUGGAAAUCUCGCUAGCUACCGUCCGGACUUAGCUCUUGACCUUGAGCUGGCACCAUUUCUGGCAGGCCGCACCUCGACCGCAGAGGUGGGUUUAUUCCUGUUGGUAUCUCCAACGAGCAAAUUGUGGCGAUUCCUGCCCCUCUCAGUGCGGCGAGUUUGGACUCGCUUGCAGAACUUCAGGCUGCAUGUGAUGGUCCACUAUCCGGAUGAUUGGCAGCCGAGCUUCUGGCGAAGGCACCUGGGCAGUAGCUAUCCCGCCCUCGGCGGCAUCCACUGGUGCGGAGCAGUGAACCGCUUCCCGGCUCUGAAUCCUUGGCUGGCAGAACGGCGUCCAUGGGACACCUACUUCAACAAGGUGUUUGCGAUGAUCGCCAUUGCGGAGCACCAGCGUUACAGGUGGAUCCUCUCAGUGGAUGAUGACGUGAUCCUGCCACCAUUUGCUUUGAUGUCCAUGUUAAGCAUUGGGCAGAGAGCAGACGAGGCCAACUGUUUUGCCGCGCUGCCACUAACGCAGAAUGGCAUCCCGGCUACCGAACUAUUUGCCACCAUGUGGAUGCAGCUUGAGGACAGGAUGAGGCUCUUCAGAUGCUUCUCUGACUGCUCGGGGCACUUUUGCAAUGAAAAUGGAAGUCUGAUGACCUUGUGCCGGCCAAACGGGUCCCGCCAAAGCACAUCGUUCGUUGAAGUACCGGACCCUUGGAAUGAAAUGGAGUGGUACCGAACGCUAUCAGAACAGUUCGAAAUGCGCUGGUGGAAGAACCACCCGGUGGCCAUGAAUCAGACCUGCAUGCUCCAGGCCCUUGAGAAGGGCUUGAAGGAGCUCCCCUUGUACUGGUUUGCAGAUUUCUUUGACUCGCAGCAGCUGAUUGUCGACGACAGAUUCAGCUACCCGUAUUUUGCCAACAACGUCUUCUUGAUCCGCACGGACAAGUACCGUGAGGUCAUCCAGCACAGCAAGUGCUGCUUUCGUACUGACGAGGUGACAAUGAAUGUCCUGCGGCAUGAGCAGCGAUCCAACCUUUGCUUUGUUCGGGAAUCCUUUGGCAUCCACCCAGCCUGGGGCAACUUCGGACAGGACAUCAAGCAUUCUGCAGAGGAGGAGACGAUCUCAUGGCUGAAAAGGAUGGCUGCACCGGUCUUCAACACAUUGGGCGUGUGA